AGGCUGGCCCCGCACACAGGGCGUCGUGAGGGCGCUGUGCCUGUCCUGUCCUAGGUGCCUGUGUGGUGAGGGUGCCAGUGUGCCCAGAGGAGCCCUGAGGACACUGAGACAGCCAUGGGGCUGCUGACCGGGGAGGUGCUGUGGCCCCUGGCUGUGGCCACGGCCGUCUUCCUGCUCCUGGUGGACCUGAUGCACCGGCGUGUGCACUGGGCUGCGCACUACCCGCCAGGCCCCAGGCCGCUGCCAGGGCUGGGCAACCUGCUGCACCUGGACUUCCAGGACAUGCUGCGUUCCGUUAACCAGCUGCGGAGCCGCUUUGGGGACGUGUUCAGCCUGCAGCUGGCCUGGACGCCCGUGGUCGUGGUCAACGGGCUGGCGGCCGUGCGCGAGGCGUUGGUGCACCGCAGCGAGGACACCGCCGACCGCCCACCCUCGCCCACCUUCGAGCAUCUGGGUUUCGGGCCGCGCGCGCAAGGCAAGCGGAGGACCGGGCCGACCGCGGCCCAGCGGGCACGGGGCCCGCACACACCCGGCAGCCCACGGGGAGGAGGGCGGUGGACGCGCUGUGCUCUCGGCCAAUAG